GUUCCCACCUUCCCUAUUUGCUACAGAAGUUCCUGAGGUCCUUCUAACCCUGGCUGUGGGUGGCCACAUGCCCCUGUGGAGAAGAAAGUCCUUCUGGCUGGCACUGUCAGUCUCCUGGCUCCUCCUCAUUCUCCUGGGAGUCUUCCCCCUUCGCUUGGCCGUGCCACCCAGACCUCUACCAGAGCGCUCCCAAGGCUGGCCCCGCUGGCUGGAUGCUGCCUUCCUACAGAGCUUCUCCCAGUCUGAGACACCCCCAGAAGAUGCUCCCCGGCUUCCUCAAGCUCCACGGGGGAGCAGCUGCACCUGGGGAUCUUGCUUUGACACCUCCAAAUGUAAGGGAAAUGUCCUCAAAAUCUUCGUGCACUCCCCAGGUGGUCCAACCACCGAGGCUCAUCGCAGGAUCCUGGACUCCUUGGAAAGCUCCCGAUACUAUGCACCUAGCCCAGCGGAAGCUUGCCUCUACCUCUUCCUCCCCAGCCAGGACCAUACAUGUGGACCCCUGCCUCCUUACUGGAACGGGGGCCGGAACCAUCUGGUCCUCAGUCUGUAUCCAGCUCCCUGCACCAGGCUGGGACAGGCAAUGGUAGCUGAGGCUAGCCCCUCCUUGGACAUCUUCCGACCAGGUUUCGAUGUAUCCCUUCCAUAUCUUCCUGAAGCUCACCCACUGCAAGGUGGGGCUCCUGGCCAGCUGCAGCAGCAUAGUCCCCAGCCUGGGGCCACCUUACUGGCAGUAGCAGAGAAGGGCAGGUGGCGAAUCACAGACACCCAUUCUUCAACCUGCCCUUGGGACAAGCACUGUGAGCAAGACCCAGGACUCCAUCCGACCCACCCAGGAGAAACACUACCCAAUGCCACCUUCUGCCUCAUUCCUGGUCACCGACCUGCUGCCUCCUGCUUCCUUCAAGCCCUUCAGGCCGGCUGUAUCCCUGUGCUCCUCAGCCCGCGCUGGGAGCUGCCUUUCUCUGAAGUCAUCGACUGGACCAAGGCAGCCAUCAUUGCUGAUGAGAGGCUCCCAUUACAGGUCCUGGCUGCCCUCCGUGACAUGCUCCCUUCGAAGAUUCUGUCCCUGCGCCAGCAGACCCAGUUUCUGUGGACCGCUUACUUCUCCUCAGUGGACAAAGUCAUCCACACCACACUGGAGAUCAUUCAGGACCGGAUCUGGGGUGCAUCAGCUCACUCCUCACUGAUGUGGAACAGCCCCCCGGGGGCACUCCUGGUUCUUCCUACAUUUUCCACGAGCCUAAAGGAUUUCCCCUUUUAUCACCUGCAACAGGGCUUCAGCCCGGAGAGCAGUUUCAGCGCCCUGAUCUGGGUGGGGGUCUCUGGCGAGCCCCUGCUGAAGCUGCUGCAGGUGGUGGCAGGUUCCCGGUAUUGUGCCCAGAUCCUGAUCCUAUGGAGGAGUGAGAAGCCACCCCCUGACAGGUGGCCUGAGACAACAGUGCCCUUGACAGUCAUUGAGGGGCGCAGGAAGGCCAGUGACCGAUUCUUCCCGUACAGCGACAUCAGCAGCAGGGUCAUCCUCAGCCUUGAUGCCCACAGCACUCUUUCCACCAGUGAGGUAGACUUUGCCUUUGUGGUGUGGCAGAGCUUUCCGGAGAGGAUGGUGGGCUUUCGGACAUGGAGCCAUUUCUGGGAUGAGGCCCGGGGCGGCUGGGGCUAUAGGACUGAGAUGGCCAAUGAAUUCUCCAUGGUCCUCACGACAGCUGCCUUCUACCACAGGUAUUACCACACCCUCUUCACCCACUCCCUGCCUAAGGCUCUGAGGACCAUGGCAGAUGACACUCCCACCUGCGUGGAUGUCCUGAUGAACUUCCUGGUAGCAACGGUCACCAAGCUGCCCCCUAUCAAGGUGCCUUAUGGCAGGCAGCACCAGGAGGCUGAUCCACAGGCUGCUGAAGGGCUUGGACCCGCGCCAGAGCCUCUGGCUCAGGACUGCUUCAGCCGUGUGGCAGCAGGGUUCAGCCACAUGCCUCUGGUGUCCUCUCGAGUGCGUCUGGACCCGGUGCUGUUCAAAGACCCGGUGUCCGUGCAACGCAAGAAGUACCGCAGUCUAGAGAAGCUCUAGGUAAAGCGCUGCACCUGCCCGCUAGACAGGAAAGAAGCAGUCGAGACAGGUACAAGUCUUGUCCUGGUUGGCCAAUCAGGACAGGGUGCCCUGAAGGGCGGGGUCUCCCACUGGAUGCUGCAGGACUGCGUUUGGCGCAGGCCAAGGCACAGACUGAUCCCGGUUUCCUCAAAUGCCUUUCUCUGUAUCUCUGCCUGAUCCAUUUCUGACCCGCAUGCCUACUCACCUCCUUGGUGGUCUCGAAGUCCUAGCACGGACUCAGUUCUGAGUGUUUGAGAGUACGGCCCGGCUCCAGGACGGACCUGGGAGCUCGGGAGGGCAGAUACUGCUCACCUCUUUGUUAUGGCAGGUGCAUCGCAAAUAUGUGACCUAUAGCUACAAGGCUACAAGAGUAUUAACUGGAUGCUAGCAUGGUAGAACAUGGGCAGAGUGUGCACGAGACAAAACUCCAUCCUCUGCCCUGGGAUUCCUAGUCCACGAUGAAAACAAGCAUCCGUAGACAUCAAGGCUGCCAGUCUCAAUCAAGAGUGAACACAGAGGCCAAGAGUGGGAGAUAACUGGAGGAUUUUGGGUAUUGUGUGCCAGAGAUCUCUGGGGGCAGCCAGACUAGCACCACUGCACUACCAAUUUUGACCACUAGAGGUCAUCUGCUGCACAGCUCUCCCAUCAUGAAAGGACUGGAGUUUGAUUUUGCUUUCUUGAUUAUUUUCUCUCUCUCUCUUUUUUUCUUCCCGUUUUUCGUUUUAGACAGGGUUUCUCUGUGUAGUCCUGGCUGUCGUGGAACUCAUUCUGUAGACCAGGCUAGCUUCGAAUUCACAGGGAUCCACCUGCCUCUGCUUUCCAGAGUGCUGGGAUUAAAGGUGUGCACCCCACCCCCCACACAGCUCUUUGUUGAAUUUUUUGUUUUUGUUUUUGGAGGGUGGGUGUGAGGGUGUGAGACAAGAUCUGACUCUGUAACCCAGACUUACUCUCUCAGCUUCCACAAGUGUUAGACUUACAGGUAUGAGCCAUAAUGGCAAACUAUGAAUGGACUUAUGGCUCAGAGGGCGGCUAGUUGAGAGAAAGUGGAAGGGCUCUGGUGUGUGCAGCGGCCAGUCUGAAAACUCGGGAGGAAUAUGACAGAACCCCUCUGUGGCCAGCACACUUGGAGCCUGGGUGGUUCGAAGAUGGGCUGUUUGCGAGAACUGUCCUCAGCGUCCUGUCGGUGAGAGUGCCUGGGUUCAUCCACCUGGAACUGGGAUUAUCGCUUCUGAAAUAAAGCACGUGUCUUUGCCCACUCA